UAUUGCCGCACACAUUGUAUGUCAGACAUGCGGUCAUAACUGCGAACAUCAUUACCAUUGAAGACACCGAAGACAUGGGAGGACUAACCAAACACUUGUCAUAUGAAGGACUCAAAACUUGUCGCUAUUUCUUAAAGUUUUCAUAUAUCGGAACCCACUAUACAGGACUUCAACGACAAACACGACGGGAUGAGACAUCGGUGACUGACUGGUCAGUUCAAUAUCAACUCGAACGCGCCAUUGAGAAGAAGUUGAAACCUAUUUAUGGCGCCAGACUUGCCAUUAGUAGCCGCACAGAUAGUGGUGUCCACGCGUUGGCCAACUCGGCUCAUGUGGAUCUGACACAUCCUUACAAUAACACUACAUAUAAGCCAUCGUUUAUUAUUAGUUCAGUAAAUACCAAUUUGCUUAAGAAUGGACACGAUAUUAGAUUAUUAAGUGUUCAAUUAGUUCCCAAUGGAUUCAAUGCCCGAUCGUGUGCUAAGUCACGAACGUAUUUAUAUCGGUUGGCUGUAUUGGACACCGAAGAUAAGUCAUACCAUGAAUGUCUCGAUAAUUUUCUACCCAUUUGUGAACUAAACAGAUGUCAUAUAAUUAAAGGACCGCUAAAUAUUGAAGCCAUCAAUCAAGCGAUGAAUAUGUUUGAAGGAGAACACGAUUUCUCGUCGUUCACAACCAAAGAAGGCAUUAUAAACAACCGACAGAUCACCUCUAAUACCAUUAAGACAAUCACUAAAUUUAAAUUGAAUCAAACAAAACAUUUAUAUUCAUUAACACAAACUGAAACAAAUUAUCCGAUCAUUUUGUUUAACUUUGAAAUAACAGCCAAAUCUUUUUUAUACAAUCAGAUAAGACGUAUGAUUGGUUGCAUUAUUGAUGUGGCUCUCAAUUGCUUUAGUAUUGAAAAAAUUGAAUAUCUUUUAAACAACCCGUCAUAUAAACACUGGAACCAUAAGAUGACUAUAGCACCGGCCAAAGGUUUAUGGUUAAUGGAUGUGCAUUACGAUCAAAUGGAUCUUGAAUUAGACGAAUCAGGAAAUAGUAGCAAUCAAUAUGCAAACAGUUAUCCUAAUUAUAAAGAAAUUAGUCAUUUUCAUGAAUAA